GUCCGAGUUCAGCUGUAAAAAAAGCGCAAGGAAUAGCCAACACAGCGCUUAUCGUGUUAUUGUGAAAGGAGGCGCUGUAAACCGCGAUCCUGCGCACUGUUUCAUUAUAACACAAGGCUUCCAGUACCCACAGGGGGGGUAGCAUCGGUAUAGUGUGUGCAAACGUGCCGUUACCUACACGGGUCAACGCGGAUUGCCAAGGGCUGGAGCGAGUUUGAGGGAGGAUGGCAUUGGACCAGUUUGAGCUUCAUUUGGAUUUCCCCCAGUACAGCGCCUCCUUGCUCUCCCAGUUGAACCAGCACAGAUUGGGUGGGCAUUUCUGUGAUGUGACGGUGCAGUCCUGCGAUGGGGGCAUGUUCCGAGCGCACACCGCUGUCCUGGCGGCCGCCUCGCGGUACUUCCACGACCAGUUCCUGCUGCGUGCCGGGAAGGGGGAGGAGCUGGUGCUCGUCCUCCCUGAGGCUGUGGAGACAGGUGUAUUUGAGCGAGUGCUGGACUGCGCUUAUACAGGCAGCCUCAGGAUAGUGCUAGAGAGCACCGAGCCCAGGGGCGUCGCAUCACCGUCCAUAGCGGCGAAGCUUGGGGCCUACCUGACUGCGGCCAGCUUCCUGCAGAUGUGGCACGUCGUCGAUCGCUGCAAUGAGCUCCUCCUGAAGGCAGGGGGCGCUGACACUGCUGCUGCUGCUGCUGCUGCUGCUGCUGACACUGCCGUGGGUUCAGCUCAGCAAGCAGCACCUGGGUCCUUCCGCUCGCCACCCAGCCGGUCUGAAAACCAGUCUCCUUCGUCCAGCACCAGCAACGCUCACCCACCUCGACGCAGGGCCAGCAGGGGCAUCGGUGAGAGUCACUGGGACCGGCUGCAGGGUGAUGCCACACAGGGAAUGGACACACAAGAGGACAACUGCUGCUCUUCCUUUGCCUCUGGUGACUCUGUUGUUGACGUCAGUCACAUAAAGGUGGAACUUUUGGAGGAGAAACUGUUCGGAGAGGUGGCUGAUGGGAUGUCAGUUGUGUCCGAUACUAACCCGGUUCCUCCCCCCCUCCCAGCUAACAGUCUCAGUAAUAUUCCCGAUGCACCCACACUAGAGCAGCUUCAGGGAAUCUCUGCUGUUGGAGGGCGUGGGCUGACACAAUUGCCCCAAACUGCCCCCAGGCACCACGGUCCAGGGCAGCAGGAGCCUGUGUGCGGCAUUUCUGUGAGCUCUGUUCAGUCAAGUCCCCCCCAGAUCCAGAGUCCUUCUCUCCAAGGGCUUAGUUCCCUUCACACUCAUCACCAAGGACUGAUUGCAGCUCACGCCAAUGCAAACCACAGUGUGGGCACCCUGGCUUGCUCUCUCCCAGAAUUCCUUGCUCCUACCACUCUUGUUAGUGAUAAUGCUUGCCCCAAUAGCAGCUCUGGUGUGGUGUAUGGCGCUGGUAGCAAUGACCCCCCCUCACUGCUGGCUCCUGGAUCCCUUCUCUAUAGCAAAGCCAGCAAUGCUGUCACCCUCCAGACCAGUGCCAAAGCCCACCCCAGCACCCCCUCUGUGCUCCACGCCCAGGUCGAUCGCAUCUCUCGGUUUGGGAAGCGUGUCUUUGGGUGUCUGUGUGGGAAGAGGUUCCCUGAGCGGGGCCGCAGAGACAGACACGUCCUGCUCAAACUGAGCGCGCGCCCUUUCGGCUGUCCCCAGUGCAACAAGAGCUUCAAACUGAAGCACCACCUGACUGAGCACAUGAUCGUGCACAUGGAGCGACCGUUGUACUCGUGCGAGACCUGCGGCAAGACGUUCAAAAUGAUUGAGUGCUUCCAGAGACACAGAGAGAACUGCCUGCAGAGAGGGAGGCAGUGAGAACUGGGAGAAGAGGGGCAGGUAGGCAGUGAGAACUGGGAGAAGAGGGGCAGGGAGGCAGUUAGAACUGGGAGAAGAGGGGCAGGGAGGCAGUGAGAACUGGGAGAAGAGGGGCAGGGAGGCAGUGAGAACUGGGAGAAGAGGGGCAGGGAGGCAGUGAGAACUGGGAGAAGAGGGGCAGGGAGGCAGUGAGAACUUGGAGAAGAGGGGCAGGGAGGCAGUCAGAACUGGGAACAGGGACAGGGAGGCAGUCAGAACUGGGAAGAGAGGGACAGGGAUGCAGUGAGAACUGGGAAGAGAGGGGCAGGGAGGCAGUUAGAACUGGGAGAAGAGGGGCAGGGAGGCAGUCAGAACUGGGAAGAGAGGGACAGGGAGGCAGUCAGAACUGGGAAGAGAGGGACAGGGAGGCAGUCAGAACUGGGAAGAGAGGGAGGGAGUAAGACCUGAGAGGAGUGAUAAGGACUGGGAACUGAGGAGUGAGUUGGAGUAUCUGCAAUGAGAAACAGAAGAGCGUCUUUCCAUUCCCCAUGUCUGCUCUGUUUCUAUUAGGGGGUGAAGGGGGUUGAAGCUCAGUCUCUAUGGUUUGGACAGAAGCGUGGGGGGCAGAUAAAAAGUUGCGAUCUGCAUUAGGGAAGGUUUUCUUUAUUACAGCAGCAGCAGCAGCAGUCACAUGACUUUACAGACCCCACGGGCUGGAGCGUGUGUCACCAAAAUGACUGGAAAAAACUGGCAUACAGGAUGGAUACAGGCAUUCUGUGAUCAGUACUGGCAGUGACAUCAUCACACACAAGCCUGCAGACCGUCUUCACCUCUCCGUUGCUCAACUGGAUUCCUAAACCUUUCACUGGGGAUUUAGACCCCAGCUGUUGUGCUGCUGAUUAGGGUAGUGGUAGGGGAAGGGCUAGGAGUGGUGUUAGGGAUAAGGAUAGGGCUAGGGGUA